CCACUUUCCACCAUACUUCGUCCGUUGCUCAUGCGACCACCUAGGUCUGCAAACGUGUCCUGUCGAAGUGUCAGGUCUACUCAUGUAGUGCAAUAUCAAAUUGAUCUGCAGCAGGUUUGCGCCUGGCAACUACAAUCCAGUUUCAUCCAUUGAUUGCCCUGCCCUGUCUUUGGCAUGCUCAAACACCAGCACCCUUCCUAGGCUUUGCACUCCCGCUCUUUUACCUCCGCCAUCAUGUCAUCUUCUGGCUUUCAAGCCAUGCCAGGUUGGUACUGGCCAGACGACGUACCGAAGAAUGAAGCAACCCAGGACGCAUCACAAUCCUCUCGAGCGCAAACGCAAUCCCCUCCAGAUGCUUCAGCUUCCGGCACGACUCCACGGGCGGGACAAGGCGCGCAAUCUUCUAGACGUCGAACACAUUGGCCGCCUAGACAAUGCAGGAUAUGUCUAGAAACCGUGCAGCCGACCACCCAUGUCCCCUCCGAGAAUCUGCCUGGCUUCCUACAAUCCCCACCGAAUGUUACAUAUGAAGACGAGGGUGGUCGCUUGAUCAGACCAUGCCUUUGCAAAGGUUCUUCUAAGUAUGUUCAUGACAAUUGUUUGCAAGCAUGGCGCCAUGCCGAUCCUAGCUAUGGUCGCCGUAACUACUGGCAAUGCCCGACUUGUGGCUUCAAGUACCGGCUCGCGCGCCUUGGAUGGGGUAGAUGGGUGGCAAGCACAACUGCCCAAGUAUCAUUGACAGUCAUCAUUCUUUUUGCAGUAGUUUUCAUACUUGGAUUCAUCGCAGAUCCCAUCAUCAACUUGUAUGUUGACCCAUGGAGCUUCUUUCCACCAUGGUCUAGUCAAGAAUAUGACUAUUAUUAUGAGGAUGACGAGCCAGUUGGAUGGUUUGAGCACUUUGCGAAAGGAUUUGCCAGUAUGGGUGUGAUCGGAUUUCUCAAAAUGCUUAUCGCAAGUCCCCUUGCUUACUUUAGGAUUGGCGGUGGAGGCAGAAGAAACACAGGACGUGAUCGAUAUGAGCAAAUCAGCUGGAUCAUCAUUCUUAUAGGCGUCUUUACAUUUUUGGCGGCAAUCUUUAAAGGUGUGCGUGCGUGGAGUCGACGUACCCUUGAACGUGCUGGAGAACGUGUUGUUGAUGUUCAAGGCGACGAUGACGAUGACGAUUGACGAUGACCCUCCGUAGCACACGAGGAUUGUGUCCACCCCAGAAUGGAGUGCAAUACUGCAUUCAUACACUACAGAGUUUCAUUGCCUCAGCAGCCCUACUACCGUUCGAUCCCGGUCAUCUCGCACUACCUUUUUAAGUGGCCACAUGGUUUAGCCAGCCGUGUCCAUUAGUCUACGUGCGUAUAUCAAACAGCCUACGAAUGUUAUGAUAUCUUGUCACGUUUUGUGCGGAUGUUAAGACCCGUAGCGCUUCCGCCAACCACUCCCUCAGUACAGCUUCACUACUCCGGUGACCUUACACAGCUGUAAUGUGGGGCUUCAAGCUCAAUGUGAAUGGUACAUCUUCAUGUAGAUAAUAAUAUAAUUUCUCUCUAUG